UGCCAUUCACUGCAUCCUCCAUCCUGUGAUCACAGAUGUGCUUGCAGGAGGGGAAACAGUGACAUACUCCUUAGUUCCUCGUCCUGUGUUCAAUGCAAUGUCAACCUUAGUUCAAGAUUGUGUAAUCGAGUGCGCAGCACAAGCCAUAUGUGCAGCUCCUACAGAGGUUGAUAGGCAGCGCAAGCGACAACAGGGUUGGGAUCUCGUCGCCGCAGAGUGUAAGAAGAGCUAUGUAGAGGAGGAGGAGGACAGUAAUGAUCGUAAUCAUCAACAAACCAAACUUGCUGUGGCCAUGUUCAGAGGGGAUAGCGGUUCAGAGAAAGUAACAAAGCACGAUGUGAAAGCAGAGGAUUUAAUCCUGCAGUGGACGCUCCAGAACUCGUCUCAUUCCGCUGGCCAGGAAGAGAAUCCUACCCCCAGCAAAGCCGUGGAGAGAAAAUUUGAGAGGUCAUUUGUUUAUGAUGGUGACAACAGAGAAAACCCUGUUAUCAUGUCGCAACAUUUUCGCACAUUUGAUGGCAGACGGCAGGGUGAGGGAGAGGAGGCAUUUGAUGCACAAGUAGACAUGGAAAGUUUCGACAUCUUCAACGAGAAACUUGUUGCAGAUGCGUACAUCGACGAGGACUUUUGCAAGAUUCCGGAGUCAAAGGACAGUAGUGAAGCAAGAUGGUGUCAUGCCGUGCUGAGGUUGGCAAGACACUACAGUGAGCCGCAUCCCGCUUUACAUAUCGUUGAUGGAUCGGCGUCCCCCGAUGGAAAGUUAAUGCAACUAGCAGUCUCAUCACUCAUGAGAACAUGUCAGGCGGGGAAUAACUUUUUCUGUGGUGGGAAGUUAUGGUUUGUGCUGGUAAAUAAAGAGGCUGUUAUGUGUACAUACGAAGGAUGAGGCUAUAACCUGGGUUGUGUAGUUGCUGGAGCAGUUGCUCGUGCUGAUGGUCAUGAUGUCCACCCUGGUUUGUCAAAUGCUACAGCUAUCUUGUCUACUAUCUCCAGAAAUCUACGGCCCGGUGCAGGGUAGUUGAUCAUUUUGUCCUUGACAAGGAUUACAAAGAUCACGCAUAAUAAAUUAGUAGAAACUUU